UCUAGAUUUGUGCUUCACUUCCUCAAUCCCCUACACUCUAAUUUCAUUUCCAUCACCAACACACACACACACACACACUAAUGUAAUAGAUGCAGUCAAAGCUCUACAUUCUUACUACAGUUCUUGCUCUUGCCCAAUUCCUACUCCCCUUUGCCUGUCUCUGACGCUACAACAUUACUCCCAUUUAUUUCUUUCAUUCUCUUUUCCACCAUUUCUAAAGACUCCUUUUUUCUACCUCCCAUUUUACUGCUUCUGAUUUUGAUUUCACCCUCUAAACUUUUUGGGAUUCUUUUACCUCUCUACUGCCUUCAUUUAAUCCAUAGGGGGGGACUGAUUUUCUUGAAACAAGCAUUUAUUUUUAGUUGCAUUCAACAUCAAACAAGAGGAUUUUCUUUGCUGUUAUCACAAAGUCAAAGGCUCAAAGCAGUGUUGCAGUGUCUGACAUACUACAACGCAAGCUGAAACUACCCUCUUUUAUUGACCCAUUCCUUCUGUAAAAAAAAGCUUGCUUCAUUACGUCAAAGGAAGGUGGUUUAUAAAAAUCAUAUUUUUAUCGACAAGGAUACCGACACAACGAUGAUCAUGAGGAGGAGAUUAACUUGUUGUACGAGAAACAUAAGAGAUAUGAGCAAUGACUUUGAUGAACAAGAAAGGAUGACGACAUAUAAUGGUCUUGAGAGCUGCAUUCAUUCGUUCGAUAACGAUAGUGGCACCAGCAGAGGGGAUGGCUGUGUCACUGACUUCUUUGAUGACGAUGACUCCAGCUGCUCGUCCAGCACUAAUGCUUUCGGAUCAUUCUCCUCUCUCAGGACGAUAAUGAAGAAAGACGAUCAGUGUCAAGAUGAGUGGAAGUUCACAACAACCCUUCGUCCGACCCUUGCAAAAGGAAAGCCAAACCAAUUCUCAGAUGUCGAAACAAUGAAAGAAAAGUUUGCUAAGCUGUUGCUCGGGGAGGAUGUUACCGGUGGGAAAAAGGGCGUCUCCACAGCGUUAGCGCUGUCGAAUGCUAUCAAUAGUCUAGCAGCUUCUGUCUUUGGUGAGCUUUGGAAGCUGGAGCCAUUGCCGGAGGAGAGGAAGAGCGAAUGGCGAAGGGAAAUGGAUUGGCUGCUCGCCCCAACGAACUAUAUGGUCGAGUUGGUUCCCGCAAAGCAAAACGAUGCCAAUGGCCGAACUUUAGAGAUCAUGACUCCAAAAGCUCGAGCCGACAUCCACGUGAACCUUCCAGCACUUCGGAAAUUGGAUUCCAUGCUCAUUGAAAUGCUCGACUCGAUGGUGAAUACCGAAUUCUGGUAUGCGGAGGUGGGCAGCCAAGGUGAAGGAAAGAGCCGAAGCGCAGGACAGAGCACGCGGUGGUGGCUUCCUUCCCCGCGAGUGCCCAUAGUCGGCCUCUCGGAGAUAGAAAGAAAGAGAUUACUGCAUCAAGGCAAAUUGAUCUUCCAAGUGUUCAAAGCUGGGAAAGCCAUCAACGAGAGCGUCUUGGCUGAGAUGCCGAUCCCUGCUACCAUCCGAGACGCGCUCUCAAAGUCGGGGAGGGCGAGCCUCGGAGAGGAACUGUACAGGAUCCUGACUGCAGAGUGUCUGUCUACCGAGGAUAUGAUCAGCUGCCUGAAUCUGAAAUCCGAACACGGUGCUCUCGAUGCCAUCAACCGAUUGGAAGCUGCUAUACUCGCGUGGAAGGAGAGAGUGGCGGAGCAAGGCAAUGGGAAGUCCCCCGUUCGAACGUCAUGGUCUUUCGUUAAAGUAGAACUCGAUAAGAUGGAAUGGUUGACGAACCGAGCCGAACUACUGCUGCUGCAGCUCAAGAGCAAGUAUCCAAAUCUUCCUCAGACUUUCCUAGAUGUCACAAAAAUCCAGUAUGGCAAGGAUGUGGGGCACUCGAUUCUUGAAGCUUACUCCCGAGUUGUAUCUAACUUAGCAUUCAGCAUUCUGUCACGGCUAGGAGACAUUCUUCAGGAAGACAUAACGAGCAAUCCCAACUCUCCGGUGGCGAUGUCGCAUCUCGUCGGAGCUAGAGUUCCGGGGAUCACGGACAGCCCGAUGCUCGACCGCGUCAGGCACUCCCUCAUUCACCAGUUGAACACCGUGGAGAUGAAGAAACCUUGCGACUCAGGCAGCAACGUUUCCGAUGUCGACACUCAUCGCGACGAAGCUAAGAUGAGCUCGGUGAGCAGCGUGAAGCCUAGCCGGAGCCGAGUUUGGUGCAUCGGCAGUCCGCAGUUCGUCUGGUCAAAAUUCUCCUAGAUACCAACUCAUAAUCCAUGUAAAUAACCCUCCCUGUUAUGUGGAGUCGCAUUUUGAAACACAUGUUCCAAGAAUAUUUUCAUAUAUGUUUGUCAUGAAAA